AUGAAUUUAACGUCUGGGCCAGAACAGGAUGGCACGCUAUCUGUAAUCUCUCCAGAGCAUCAAUGUGUGAAUUCAGAGCAGUUGCAGAGAGGGGCUAAGUCAGACGAUGGGCUGUCUUUGGAGUUAACUCCAGAGCUAAAAUUUAAAGGUAAAAAAUUCGUAGACCUCAAUUUUGAGUCACAGUUGGAAAGUAUGAGAUCAGGCUUGACUCCAGAAUCAAAUAUUCAAGGUUUAAAACCUAAAGAAUUCAAGCCUGAACCACUUGAACCACAGCUGCAAAGCACAAAGUCUCCUAAGUUGACCCCAGGGGCACCACUGCACCAGACUGAAGGCUCUGAGUUAGCUUCAGAGCCACAGCUUUGUGUAAAAACCGUUGAGUUGAAACAAGAGCCACUGCUUGAAAGUACGAGAUGCAUUCAGUGGAUCCCAGGACCUAAGUUCCAAGCUGUGAAAUCUGUAGAGUUCAAUCUCAGGUCACAGUCUCCAGGUGUUCAAUUUGUAGGGUUGAAAUCUUCGACACAGUUACGAGAUGUGAAGUCAUCUGAAUUGACUCUCGGGUCCAAAUCUCAAGGUGUGAUAUAUACAGAGUUCAACCUUGUGCCACGGUUGCAGAACAUGAAAACCUCUGGGGUGCGCGCAGGAACACAGCUGCAAAAAGGGAAGGUUUUGGCAUCAACCUCAGAGCCACAGCUUCAAGAUGUCAAAACUACUAAAUUCAAAAAAGAGCCACAGCUGGAAAGAGUGAGGUGUAUCCAGUGGAUACCAGGACCUGAUUUCCAAGGUGUGAAGUCUAUAGGGUUACAGUCUCAAGGUGUUAAGUCUCUAGGGUUGAAACCUUUGAUACAGUUCAGAGAUAGAAAGUCAUCUACAUUAACUCCAAGGCCAAAGCUCCAAGAUACACAAUCUUCGGCAUCACUCCAGGAACAUGAGCUUCAAGACUGUGAUUUGAAACCUUGUCGACAGGUUAGAAGUGUGAAAUCAUGUGAGCUGACUUCAAGGUCAAAGCUCUGGGAUAUAAAAUUUAUACCACUGGAAUCUAGGCUUUGCAUGCAUGAUAGGAAAUCUACUAAACUGCCUGCAAAACCAAAGCUUCAAGCAGUGAAACCCUUACAGUCAUCCCCAGGAGCACAGCUUCAGGGUGUGAAGUCUCUGGUGCUUAUGGAAGGUCCACAGCUUCCUGGUGUGAAAUCUGGGCUAUUAAGCCAAGGGUCACAAUUACAAAGCAAUACAAGUAGAGAAUUGAACUCCCCACUACACUUGACAAGCACAAAGUCUUCUGAAUUGACUCUUCAGACAAAGCCUCAAGAUAUGAAAUCUGAGAAUUUCAACUCUGGGUCACAGUGGCAUGAUCUAAAACCUUCUAAGUUGUCACCUGAGAUAAAGUCCCAAGAUAAGACAUUUACUGAGUUAAAUCCAAGUUCACAGUUGAAUGGUAUAACAUUUUCUACACUGAUCACAGGAACAAAGAUUCAAGGUACCAAAUGUACAGAUUUCAACCUUGGGCCAUUGUCACAACAUGUGAAUUCUUCCAAAAGGACCUCAAAGACAAAGCUUCAACAUGUAAAACAUAAAGAAAGCUGUCCCAGUCCCCAGGUGCAAGUUGUGAAAUCUUCUGACCUGCCUCUUGGAUCAAAGCUUCAAAAUGUGCAGGUGGUGUUCAACCCUGACCCACAGUUUCAAGGAGAGAAAUGUUCUAAAUUAAUCUCAAAAACAAAGUUUCAAGAUGUGGAAUCUGUGAAUGUCAAACCUGGGCCACAGCUGAGAGGUGUGAAAUCUUCUGAAUUGAUACAGGGGACAAAGCUUCAAAAAGUGAAGUCCAUGGACUUCAAGUCGGGUCCCCAGUUGGAAGAUGUGACAUCUUCUGUGUUGAUCAUGGCUAUAAAGCUUCGAGAUGUAAAAUCUAUGAAUUUCAAGUGUGGACCACACUUGAAGGAUGGGAAAUCUUCACAAGUGAUCCCAAGGGAAAAGCUUGGAGGUGUGAAAUCUGCAGAACUGAAAGCUAAUCCAAGGUUACAAGGGGAGAAAUCUUCUGAUCUAACCCUGGAGAGGAAGUUUUCAGGUAUGAAAGCAGGCCCACAGUUACAAGACGUGCAAUGUUCUGAAUUGAUCAUGGGUAUAAAACUUCAGGAUAAAAAAUCGGCAGGAUUCGGUUCUAGAUCGCACUUGCGAGGUGUGAGAUCUUCUGAAGUGAUCCCAGGGUCAAAACUUCAACAAGUGAAACCCUCUGAGUUCAACCACGGUCCAAAGCUACAAGGUGGGAAAUCUGAUUUAAUUCAGGGGAGGAGGCUUCAAGGGGUGAAAUCUGUGGAGUUCAAUCCCGGACCACAGAGACCAGGUGAGAAAUCCGAUUUGAUGCUAGAGGGCAGGCUCCAAGAUUUGAAAUCUGUUGACUUAAAACCGGUUCUGCAGUUACAAGGUGUGCCAUCUUCGGAGUUAACACCAAAAACAAAGCUUCAAAGUGGAGAAUCUGUGGAGUUCCUUAUCAGACCCACGUGGCAAGACCUGAAACCUCUUGAAUUGACUCUAGGUGCAAAGACCCAAGAUGUGAAAUCUUUGGGGUUUGAGUCAGUCCCACGGUUACAAAAUAGGAAACUGCCUAUGUUGACACCAGGAUCACACAUUCAAGGCAUGAAAUCUCUGAAAUUCAGCCCUGGGGCAACGUUGCAAGGUGCAAAAUCUCCUGAGUCUGUAAAGCUUCAAAUGAAAACCACAGAGGUCAACCAGGACCUAGAGUUCCAGGUCGCAAAACCCUCUGAGUUAGCCUUGGAAUCAAAGAUUGGCAAUGUGAGAUCUUCCGAGUUCAAUGCUGGGAAGCAGCGGCAAGAAGAGAAGUCUUGUACGUUGAAACCAUGGCCAGAGCUUCAAAGUGUGAAAAUUGUGCUGUACAACCCUGGACCACAUUGGCAACAUAUAAAAUCUUCAGAAUUGUGCAAAGAGACAAAGCUCCAAGAUGUGAAAUCUGAGGAAUCCAAUCCUGAGCAACAGUGGCAAGAUGUUAAAUCCUCUGAGUUAUGCCAGGGAUCAAAGCUUCAAGGUAUGCCAUCCUUCAAGUUCAAUCCAGGGCCACAGUUACAAGAGAUAAAACCUGAGUUGUGCACAGACAGGAAGCUUCCAUAUGAGCCAGUUCUGGAAACGAAGCAUCAUCCUAAAUUACAAGGUAGGAAAUCCUCUGAAUUUAAUCUAGCCCCACAGCUUCAGUGUAGAAAUGUUAGGGCAUUCAGUACUGGACCACCAUUGAAUGGUGUAAAAUCUGAGUUGAAUUCUGGAUCAGAGCCUCGAGGUAUAAAACCCCAGGUGUUCUGCCCUGGGCCACCUUUGCAGGAUGUGAAUUCUUCUGCAUUUAUUUCAAAACCAAAACUUCAGUGUGUAAAUUCUGUUAAAUGCAAAUCUGAGCCACCCUUGCAAGGUAUAAACCCUUCUGAAUUAACUUCAGUUUCCAAACUUCAAGGUACAAAGUAUUCUGAGUUGAGGUCAGAGACCCCUAGGGAGACAACUAUGGUGUUCAACCCUGAUCCACAUUUGCAAGAUUUGAAAUCUGAAUUGAUUCCAGGGUCAAAGUUUCUUGCUAUAGCACUCGUGGAAUGCAACCCUGAGCCACAGAGGAAGUGUGUAAAUUCUUCUAAGUUGAAUCCAGAGCCAAAAUUACAAUGUGCAAAUUCUAUGGGGUGCAAACCUGGGCCACCUUUGCAAGGUGUACAGUCCUUUGAAUUGACUUCAGGGACAAAAGGUCAAGGUCCAGGAUCUCAGGGGAAUCCGGGGUCCAAGAAUCAAAGUGAGACGUCUAUGGUGUUCAGUGCUGAACCACAAUUACAAGAUUUGAAAUCCGAAUUGUUUCCAGGGUCAAAGUUUCUUGCUGUAGCACCUAUGGAAUGCAACCCCGGGCCACAGAUGAAGUGUGUAAAUUCUUUGAAGUUGGAUCCAGAGCCGAAAGUGCAAUGUGCUAAUUCUAUGGGGUAUGAACUUGGGCCACCUUUGCAAGGUAUACAGUCUUUUGAGUUGACUUCAGGGGUUAAAUGUCAAGGUAUGGGAUCUUUGGAUUUGAAUCUGGGGUCAGAAGUUCUAGGUAUAAAAUCUCUUAUGUUCGACCCUGUGCAACAUUUACAAAAUGUGAAACGCGAAUUGAGUCCAGGGACAAAGUUUCAAGGUAUAACAUCACAAGAAUUAAACUGUGGCCCAGAGCUGCAAGGUGUGAAUUCUUCUGAUUUGAAUUUUGGGUCAGAACUUCAAUGCAUAAAUGCUAUAAAGUUUAAUCCAGACCCAGAGAUGCAAGGCAUGAAACCCUCUGACUUGGAUCCUACGUCACAAUAUCAAGGUACAAAAUCUAUUCUGUUCAGCCCUGGACCACAUUUGCAAGGUGUAAAAUCUUCUGAGUUAAUUCCAGGGACAAAGUUUCCAGAAAUCCAGUUUUUGGAGAAUCACUGUGGGUCCCAGCAACAAGUUGUGUACUCAGUGUUCACUUUAGGCUCUUCGCUGAAUGGUAUGAAAUCUGUGUUAUUUUUACCAAAGCCACUGCUUGAAGAUGUAAAGUCUGUGAAGACCAACAAAGAGCCAGUGUCUUGUGGUGGAAAUUCUGUGAAACUGGCUUCAGGCUCUGAGCUGCAGGACUUGAAAUGUGAGAUGUUUGCACUAGAGCCAUGUUUUACAAAAGUGAAAUCUAUGGCGUUAAAUCCAGGGCCACAUGCUCAAGGUAUGAAUUCUGGGGAGUUGCCUUCACACCUCAUGCAUCACAGUGAGAGAUCUGUGGUGUUUGCACCAAAGGUGUGUUUUCAAGAUGUGAAACCUCUGGUGUUGAAACCAGGGCCACAACCUCAAGAUGUGAAUUCUAAGGAUUUGAUUUCUUGCCUCAGACAGAAAUCUGUGGUGUUUGAAUCAGAGCCAUGUUCUCAAGAUGUGACAUCUUUGAAGUCAAACUUACAGCUACAGCCUCCAAGUACUAAUUCUUCAGAGUUUCCAUGGUGCCCAAGGUCACCAAGUGUUAAUUCUGAGGUCUUUGCACCGGAACUAUGUUUUAAAGAUACAAAAUCUGUAGAGUUGACACCAGGGUCCCCACAGUAAGUUAUGAAUUGUCAAGAGUUGACUUCAGGAUGGCAAGGUAUGAAACCAACAGUGUUGGCACCAGAGCCAACUAAGAAGUUCAUACCAGGACCCAUGUUGUGUAGUGUUAACUUUUCAAAUUUGUCUCCAGAAUCACAUCGACAAG